AAAUACAAGGGCACAAAAGUACACUCACAGCCUGCCUAUACAUAUAUACAAUUGCCCUGCGCUCACGUCUCUCACAAUCACAAACACAAUUCCCUCGGCCCCAAUCUUUUCUAGGGUUUCAAUUUCUUCUGCAAUUUUCAUAUCACCGUUGUUUUUUCAUUGAUUGAAAGGAAUUUAUAGAGGCAAAUCGUGAUUAUACAACCGCAGAUCUUGACGAAAUUCAAAAUAAUAUUUACAAGCUGAUGUUCUAAUGGAGACAAAAGGUGGGAAAAAGUCUAGUAGUAGUAGUAAAUCUUUGUUCUACGAAGCACCUCUUGGAUACAGCAUUGAAGACAUUCGACCAAACGGAGGAAUCAAGAAAUUCAAAUCUGCUGCUUACUCCAACUGCGCUCGCAAGCCUUCUAUGGCAAACGAAGUUUCUGCAAUUGGGUUUGAAGGUUAUGAAAAGAGGCUCGAAAUUUGCUUCUCCGAGCCAAGCAUUUUUGCAGAUCCUGAAGGAAUGGGACUGCGAGCUCUUUCCAAGGCUCAGUUGGAUGAAAUAUUGGAACCUGCUGAAUGCACUAUUGUUGCUUCUUUGUCAAAUGAGCAUGUCGACUCUUAUGUUCUCUCAGAGUCUAGUCUUUUUGUCUAUGCAUACAAGAUCAUCAUCAAAACUUGUGGAACAACCAAACUGCUCAAGUCGAUUCCACCCAUUCUGAAGUUGGCUAAAUCAAUCUCCCUCACCGUGCAUUCUGUGAGGUAUAGUCGUGGGAGUUUCAUAUUUCCUGGAGCUCAGUCAUACCCACAUCGGAGUUUCUCAGAAGAAGUUGCAGUGCUUGAUAGUUAUUUCGGAAAACUUGGAUCAGGAAGCAAGGCUUAUGUUAUGGGCAGUUCUGACAAACAGCAGAAAUGGCAUGUAUAUUCUGUGUGUGCUGCAUCUCUACACUCGUCCAACCCUAUGUAUACAAUGGAAAUGUGCAUGACUUCUCUAGAUAGAUCAAAAGCAGCUGUCUUUUAUAAGAUGGAUUCAAACUCAGCAGCUCUAAUGACUGAUAGCUCUGGUAUUAGAGAAAUUCUCCCGCAUUCUGACAUCUGUGAUUUUGAGUUUGAUCCGUGCGGAUACUCAAUGAAUGCUAUUGAAGGAAAUGCAAUCUCUACCAUUCACAUCACACCUGAAGAUGGUUUCAGUUAUGCGAGUUUUGAAGCUGCUGGAUAUGAUCCAAAAGACGUUGAUCUUAGUCAACUUGUUUCGAGGGUGCUGAGGUGUUUUGAACCUAGUGAAUUUUCUAUAGCUUUGCAUGCUGAUAUUUCGUCUAGUUCACUUGAAAAGACGAGCUCCUUGGAGGUUAAGGGAUAUAAUUUGGAAGAGAAAAGCUGUGAAGAGCUUGGGAUGGAUGGUUCCAUUGUUUACCAGAAGUUUGUGAAGAUUGAGAGCUGUGGAUCUCCUAGAUCUGUUUUGAAGUGUUGCUGGAAGGAUGAAGAGAAGGAAGAGAAGGAGUAUUAAUUGAAGUUUCAAUUAAAAUUAAUAAAUAAAUGCAUACUCAGACUGUCAACUACUUUUCUUCUCUUUUUACAUUUUAAAGCUGUAUUGUGUUGGAUUUGUUGUUCAAUUAUAUAUUAUGAAUUUCAUA